UAGUGACUGCUGUGGCGAGAGUGUUUAGUUAACGUGUGGACUCUGACGUGGGAACACGCACGUUGUGCGAUCGUGCACCACGUACCCAACUCUCAAAAUCCUGUGGAUUAUUAUUGGAUUUUUCAAGUGACAUUUUGAUUGGUGCCUGAACUUUUAUUGGAAGCUUGUGAAGAAGCAGCAGUUGGGCGCCCUUGGCACACAACAGAUGGCGACGUCGACUGACCUGAGGAUGAUGCCGGAGUCUUGGUUGACCCCUACACAGAUGCACCACCACGCCCUCCCCGAAGACAUUUGGAGCAAGUUCGACAUCGAACACGACCGUGCCCUGGCCCUCGCCAACCCUGAAGCCUCCAUCUUGGAUCACAGUAUGACUUACAACACCUCUUCGCCGUCAGAGAUCGGCGUCUUCAUGUACAGCAACACUACCACCACCAGCAGCAAUAUGCAACAUCCUAUCGCUCUGCCCACGCCCCCACGCUCGCCCCCUGCAGAACACGACUUGGAUGAUCUAGUAGCCUCCAUACCUGAGAUCCUCGAGUCCCCCUCUGCCACGCCACCGUCGGAUAUCAGCGACAUCCUGUCAGAUCUGGAGGGUAUGGAGGCCACGCCCUUAGGGGAGACGCCCCUGGGUGAGAGUGCGUGGGGAUCGUCUUGGUGGGUGCCGGUAGCGCCCCCAGUACCUGAAGAGUCAUUGAAGAGGGAUAUCAUGUGGGGCGGGGGGACGUGCUGCUCCGCCCUGCUGGAUCCGCCCCCCAAGGAGCGCCAAGUGUCUGAGUGCUCGGCAGAUUUGGUGCUCCGAGACGCCCUCCGCCAGGAUGACAUCUCUGAGGACGACGACGACGACGAAGAUAACCUCCCUGACACCCCCUCUGGCACCGACAGUGACUGCGACGCCGACGACCAGCUGAGCGAGACAUCCAGCAGCAGCAGUAGCAGUAAUGACAGCAGCUGUUUCCCCCCGAGGAGUACCAACAGUGCCUCACGAUACAGCAGCAGUGCUAGUACCGCCUUCAGGAAGAGUGCAGCCUCCUACGUGCCCCCUUCAGUGAAUAUUGAACACAACUACUGCGGCAGAGUGCCCGAGCCUGACGCCCAUGCCAUACCGGGCAUCCUCACACCCUCAGACACCGAAGAUGAGGUGGACGUUGUGUCCUGCAAUGACCUGGCCACCACCACCACCCUGACUGCCUCCACCAACACCACUACCAUCACCACCUCUGCCUCCACCACCACCGCCUCCUCUCGUCUCCAGCUCCCGUCCAAACGCUCCGUUGACGUGAAGAGACAGCUCCAACUGGCUAUCCAGGAGGCCAUGAGGAACAGACAGAACCGGGCUGCAGGUUCAACGUCACCGGACAGCGAUGAGUCCGGCAGCAAUAACAGAUUUGUGUCAGUGAAGAUCAAGACGCAGGGGAAGCCAGCUGCCUACACCAAGAGGAUGAGGGACUACCACUCAGAGGUUAUAAAGUCGACAAAGCACCGACGGAGGAACCGUGGUGAGAGUGACGAGGGUAGGCGGUCUGUUCAUAACUCUCUGGAGAGACAGAGAAGAGUGGACCUCCGCAACGCCUUUGAGUACCUACGCCAACUUGUACCUGACACCAUGAUCCUGGAGAAGGCCCCCAAGGUUCAGAUCCUGAAGAAGGCUGCGCUACAUUGUAAGCAACUCCAGCACACCGAACAGCGACUACUCAGAGAGAAGGAAAAGUUGAAAAAGCAGUUGGAGGAGCUCCAGCAACGGAGAUCGCAGACUAGUAGUUGAGAUGGUGUUGGAAACCACUCGCCUGUACAGUUAGUUGUAAGCCAAGAAAUGAUUUAAAGAUUGUACAUAAUUAAUAUCAAGGAUAACAGAUAUCAAGGGAGCAUUAAGAGAACGAGAGAGAAAGAGUGUGUGUGUGUGUGUGUGUGUGUGUGUGUGUGUGUGUGUGAGAGAGAGAGAGAGAGAGAGAGAGAGAGCAAGUACCUUUUUCAAGACUUUGAUAUAAGCAGCCUUUAUUGUAUAAGUGUGAUAUUUUGAGUGCCUAUUUGUUUCUCCUUGUGCUGCACUUGAUAAUGUUGGAAGGUCAGUCAGUUCCUGAGCGACUUCUCUUUAAGGUUGUCACAUUGUUUCAACGGCUCGAUGAGGUCUCAUACAUAGCUCAUUAUUAUUAUUAUUACUAUUGUCAAAAAAUUGAAUAUUAAAGCUACUUAUUAAGUAAAUAUAUUAUGGAUUAGAAAAAAUAGAAUCUGCAGACAUUUAGGUUUCAGUGACGUGUAAAAAACACACUCAAUCUGAUGUAAAAGGGAUUCGAUCAUUCACAGAGACCUGAAAUUGUUUUUUUUUUUAUAAAUUUUGUAGAUAUUAAAAUUGGAUGAACCCUUACUAAUACUGCAGGUAUUAUACCAAAGCAAGUGUGAGGUUUGUCUGGAAUAAUGUGUAUUUAACUCUUUAAGUAUAAAGAUGAAUCAAUCUUUAACUCAAGUUGUAUGUUCCUUAAUAUAAAUAUAUAUAUAGUAUAUAUAUCUAUAUCGCUUGCCAUGAUCCUAGAAUACAAUGCAAAAAAGCGGUAUAUUUGUAUGCCUGUUGCGUGUGUGUCACGAAGUAAACUCUCUCAAGUCUUGGUGCACAAAGAGAUUAUUGAAUUAUAGUACUGAAUUUAUGGGGAGAUAUACUGUACAUAUGUAGGGAAUGUCACACUCAAUACAAUCUGCACAUAAUCAUCACCACAGUUUCUAAAAGAUUAUAUUAUAAGAAGGGCUGAGUGUUACAUUUGGAACUUAAAAUAUUAAUUAACUCCCUUUUUAAGUCCAAAUUGCAUUUAGAAGAAGAGUAUAAGGUUAUAACAUUUUUGUGUUUCUAGUAAUGGAAUUUUUGUACAAAUGUUUAAGAGAAAUUUCUGGGUGAGGAACCCUUGAGGAGUACUUGAUCUCACCUGAUGUAGAGGAAACCAAUACGUAAUAAUACAUAGUGAUAGACGGGUGAAUCAGGCAUUUCCUACUGCCAGAAACUUAAUGUCUCGGCUGAUCAUUAAUGUAAACAUUCUUGAGUUGAUUUGAAAUGUGAUGCCUCAACUGCCCAAAAGAAAAACAGACAUAGAAUAACAUGAACCAAGACUUAGAGAGUAAGUACCUCGUGAUUAUCCUUCCAAUCAGUCCUUACUGUACCUAAUAUCCUCGCCCAAUCCCUCCUUUCCCGAAACAAGAGUGACUAGCUCAAGUCUCGGUGAUUCAUUGUCCCUAAUCCCCCCCCCAGUGUGUGUAUGGCAGAACUCUCAUUUAUCUGAUUCUCAGUUUUUUCUAGUGGCAGACGAAUAAAAGACAUAUAGAGGAGUGGUGGCAUUACUGACCCACUCGUGUAGUGUUUAGUAGGUAGUGUGUUGCAGGUGACGCUGGUUAAUUACUGAUUUUGGACGCUAGGUCAUGUUUCAAGAAGGGUUAACAUUUGUCUCUGUGAAAAAAAAAAACACGGGAUUAUUAAGUUUCUAAACGGAAAAACAUUGGAAGGUAAUUAAAGAAAAAAUUGUGAGACACUUGUCUUAAUGUAUUAAAAUACAGUAAUGGACCCACGAUUUUAUUUAUUUUUUAUAAAUAUAUAUGCUGGAAGCCUCUGCCUAUAAUUAGGGGACUAAAUAACUUCUUAGCUGUGGGAAGAAUUAGCUUCUUAUUUUGGGGGAAGGAAAGUUAGUUUUUUGUUUUUUUUUUUGUAACGUGUCCCUGAUUGAAGCCUAGAUGUCAGUGCUGCAGAAUCCCUUUUACUCACGUCACGUGCUGUGUAAAAAUGCUCAAGAAAAUUAGUCGAGGGUUCAAUAUUCGAUUGCAUUAAAAACAAAAGUGAUGUGAAUUUUAAUAUAUCGAAUUUUGUAACGCCAUGGCCAAUUGCUUUUUUUGAGGCCUUCUUUUAUGUAAAUGAACCCCCUCCUUCUCAUUGCUCAGUUUUGUACUUAAAAUGGUAAAUAGAUAAAUAAAUAAAAAAUGCGAGAAAAAUAGGUAUGUACCCUCCCCCCUCAGUAAUAGGCAUACAAGCAAAAUCAAAAGCAAAAUUUUUUUAUGCAUGCAAGAUGCCACGUGCUCUUUGGUGAGAGAAUGGAAAAACAAUUUUUACUUAAAAAUAAAACUUUUGCCAAUACCUCAACACUAAAAGAAAGGAAUAAUGCAAUGACUUUGGAUUACUUCAAAUUUUUUUUUUCUCUUCAUGAACCCCAACUUGGAUGAAUGUGGCCUCUGUAAUGUACACAGUUUUUUUUAUAGUACAACAGACAAAAUUGGUGUACACCUGUGCUAUUGUUGAAAGAGAGAGACAUAAAAAGUGAAGAUGAUAUACAGGUAUGUCUCUCCUCUUAAUUGAUAUAACCGUUCCUUGAUGGCCACAUUUCUCCGAGUCUCUCCCAUACAUACAUAGCGUAACAUAACAAACAUGCAAAUGAUCAUAGCAAUGUAUAUAGUAGUUCUUUGUACUUUUUACAGAUUUUUUCACAUAUGCUUUGCUAUAUAUAUUAUCAACAAUAUGAGCUGAUGUGCACGGUUCAUACUGAAAGGGGAGUAUAUUUUUUCACAUUUUCAUGGUAGCGUUAGUUGAUAUGUCUGAGAUUUGGUAGUAUUGUACAUAGGACUAUACAAGAGCACAUCAGUUCCAUAUUGGGUGAAGUUAUUCCUCGCCACGUGUUUAUAAUGAAUGUACAAAUUUUUGGCCUGUUUUUAUAAUGUAAGUUCAAAAUCAUUAUUAUUAUUAUUAUUGAUAUUAUUAUUGCCUUUUUGUGUCUAUUGUGAAUUUUUUCUCAGCUCGAAGCCUUUUAGAAACUGUUACAGGAAUAUUUUUUAAAAAACUUGUUUUUUGUUCUGAACUAAAUUUUCUGAAAGGAAAUUUUCUGAGCGACAGGAGCCAAUGAGGCCAAAAUUAUUUUUUUUUGAAAAAACUUUGACUUCAUUUGCCUUUAUCAAAAUUGUUAAAAUUAAGUUUUAUAAGAUUUGCCAUUUCUUACUUAUAAGUCAAAAAAUGUUAUUCGAUUUAAUUGAAAAUUGUUUUUAUGCAGAAUUUAUCAAUGUACUUUAUUAUUUGAAGUCAUUUAUAUAGGACAGUGUUACAAAUUUAAAUAUACCAUCUAUAUACGAUA